UGUGAUAUCACGACAGCAGCAGGAUUUUGGGUAUUUUAAUGCCCCAAACCCCCAUGCAGUGAUGUGAUAUCACGACAGCAGCAGGAUUUUGGGUUUUCUCAUGCCCCGAACCCCCACACAAUGAUACGAUGUCACGAUACGACGUCAGGAUUUUAGGUUUUCUCACCCCCCCGUGCCCCCAGGCCGUGACAGGCUGCGAGGAUUGCCUGGCUGCUCUGCUGGACCACGAUGCCUUCGUCCUGUGCCGCGAUUUCAAGGGCCGGACCCCGAUCCACUUCGCCUCGGCCUGCGGCCACCUGGAGGUGCUGAGGACCCUGCUGCAGGCAGCGCUGUCCACCGACCCCCUGGACUCCGUGGUGGACUACAGCGGCUACUCCCCCAUGCACUGGGCUUCUUACAGUGGGCACGAAGAUUGUCUUGAAUUGUUACUUGAACACAACCCGUUUGCAUACCUUGAAGGAAACCCCUUUACUCCAUUGCACUGUGCAGUAAUUAACAACCAGGACGGCACUGCUGAAAUGCUGGUGGAAGCAUUAGGUGCCAAGAUUGUUAAUAGCAGAGAUGCCAAAGGAAGGACCCCCCUUCACGCUGCUGCCUUCGCAGACAACGUCCAUGGUUUACAGCUGCUCCUGCGCCACCAGGCCGAGGUGGACACGGCGGACAAGCUGGGCAGGACCCCCCUGAUGGUGGCGUCGGAGAACGGGCACACGGCGGCAGUGGAGUUCCUGCUGUUCCAAGCUAAAGCAAAUAUAACUGUGCUGGAUGUCAACAAGAACACAGCUCUUCACCUGGCCUGCAGCAAGGGCCAUGAAAAGUGUGCCUUGUUGAUCCUGGGGGAAACCCAAGACCUUGGCCUUAUCAAUGCAAGUAACAGUGCUCUGCAGAUGCCGCUGCACAUCGCGGCGCGGAACGGCCUGGCCUCCGUGGUGCAGGCGCUGCUCAGCCGAGGGGCCACCGUGCUGGCUGUGGAUGAAGAAGGUGGGUGUGCCCCGGGGGUCCUGGGGGGGUUGGGGGUUCCUCUGGGGGGUUUCUGUGUUCCUGGGAAGGGCUCAGAGCCCGGGGAAUGCUCAGGCACAGCCACACAAAACAGCGUCCCUGGCCAAAGGUUCUGUUGCCAAAUGAUCCCCUCCUGAAUCAUCCUGUCCUAGAAACACCUCCCAGAUUAUCCCAAAUCAUCCUGUCCCAAAUCAUCCCUGUCCCAGAAACACUUCCCAAAUCAUCCUGCCCCAAAUCAUCCCUGUCCUAGAAACACUUCCCAAAUCAUCCCAAAUCAUCCUGUCCCAAAUCAUCCCUGUCCCAGAAACACUUCCCAAAUCAUCCUGCCCCAAAUCAUCCCUGUCCCAGAAACACCUCCCAAAUCAUCCCAAAUCAUCCCUGUCCCAAAAACACUUCCUAAAUCAUCCUCUCCCAAAAGCACUUCCCAAAUCAUCCCCUCCUGAAUCAUCCCUUUCCAAAAACACUUCCCAAAUCAUUCCUUCCCAAAUCAUCCCCUCCCAAAUCACAACCACCCAAAUCAGGCCCUCCACACGACCUCACAAUCCCACACCCCAUCCCAUGACCCCA